GCUUGGUGCACUCUUUUACACUAGUUCAUCUUACAAUACACAUCUUAAGUGAAAUGCAUGUAAUAAACACUGGAGGUCAUUCCUGAGUAAUUAUGUUGUCUUACGGCGUCGUAAUGUCUCUCAAUAUUACAUGUGAACAUUUAUUUUGAAAUCAUUAUAGUGUUUGACUGACACGAUUCUCAAGUACCGGAAGCUAUAUUCGGUUUUUGGUGACGCUGCAUUAGAUUGCAAGACAUGGCCCAAACUAGCUGGCUACGGGUGUUCCUCUUCGGCUUUGCUCUCGGAGCACAGGCACUCACACCGUCCCAUUACCUCUCCCUGUCUGAUGUGGCGAGGCUCCAGACCUUCCUCGGCCAGCACUUCACGGACCUCCAGUCCGCAUACUACUCUAUCGUCGGUCUGGCCAAGCUCGGAGCGGGUGUUGCCGACCAAGAUGAAGCAUGCCAGUUCCUUAAGGCCCAGCUCGAUCCAACAAGUGUGGACUCCCUCUUCUAUGCUGCAGUGGCCAGUCAAGCCCUAGCAGGAUGUGAGAUCCCAUUGUCCAAUGAAACCAGAGAUAUUCUCCUGGCGGCUGUGAGCGAGGACUCGACUGUGGCCCAGAUCCACCAUGCUGUGGGAGCCCUCACCGCUCUGGGCCUUCCACUGGCGUCCCAGGAGGUGGUUACCGCCCUCCGGGUGCGCAUCAACAAGGAGGAGAAUGUUGUGGCCAUUACCUUGGCCCUGCAGACUGCUGCCCGCCUCUCCCAACAGGCUGAACUGGGGGGGUUUGUGGAAGAAAUCGAAGAUCUGACGGCUCGUUUGGACGAUCUGGGGGGCCUUUACCUGCAGUUCGAGGAGGGGCUCGAGGCCACUGCCGACUUUGUGGUGGCCGCUUACGGCUUGUCCGACCACUUGGACGUGGAGCCUCCCUUGAAAGAGGAGCAGGUCAUCCAGCUGGUGAACUCCAUCUUCAGUAAGAAGUCCUGGGACUCCAUGUCGGAGGCCUUCAGCGUGGCGGGUGCCGCCGUCGCCCUCUCCAGCAACCGCUUCCAUGUGCCGGUGGUUGUGAGAGCCGAGGGCCCGGCCACCGUGUCCCACAGCAAACCCACCCUGCAGCUCCUGAUCACCGACGUCCUGUCUCAGCCCAUGGGGGCUGCCAGCGUGCUGGUGGAGAGCGCCACUGCCCUGGCCACCAAGAGCGUCGUCCUCAGCCAGACCCCGUUCACACUCAGAGAUGGUCUAUUUGAGCUGAACUUCAUGUCCAGCCAGCCGGCAAGUGGCUACUACCAGUUCACCGUUGCUGUGACCGGAGACAGCCGACUGGUAGCCAAUCACGUUGAGCUUAAAGUGAAGGUGUCUACAGAGGUGGCCAUUACAAACAUGGACCUGUCCAUUGUGGAUAAGGACCAGAGCAUUGGCACAAAGACCAGCAGGGUGGAAUUCCCUUCUAAGUCCAAGGACUCCUUCACGGCCGACAGCCACCAGAACUUCGCCAUGGCCUUCCAGCUGGUUGAUGUGAACACUGGGGUGGAACUUACCCCUCAUCAGACUUUCGUCCGACUGCUGAACCAGAAGACGGGGCAGGAGGUCGUGUUUGUGGCAGAGCCGGACAGCAAGAACCUCUACAAGUUUGAGUUGGACAUGGUUGAGCGCAAGUCUGAGUUUGACUCCAUGUCGGGCACCUACUCCCUGCACCUCAUGGUGGGAGACGCCACUCUGGAGAACCCAAUUCUGUGGAACGUGGCCGAUGUUAUCCUGAAGUUCCUGGACGAGGAGGCCCCGGCUGUCAUCCAGCCCAAGACCCUCUACAUCCCCAAGCCAGAGAUCCAGCACCUGUUCAGGGAGCCUGAGAAGAAGCCUCCCACUGUGGUCUCCAAUGCCUUCACAGCCCUCAUCCUCUCUCCCUUCCUCCUGCUGCUUAUUCUGUGGAUGAAGCUGGGGGCCAACAUCUCCAACUUCACCAUGUCCCCCAGCGCCGUGCUCUUCCACAUCGGACACGCAGCCAUGCUGGGCCUUAUGUACGUGUACUGGACCCACCUCGACAUGUUCCAGACCCUCAAGUACCUGGCCAUCAUCGGCAGUCUCACCUUCCUCGCAGGCAACCGAAUGCUGGCCCAGAAAGCAGUAAAGAGGAUUGCCGCUGAGCAAAGUAGUAGAUUGGCAAAGUAUAGGAGCCUUCGUUAAUGGCCACCUUUGUAACAAAAUGGAUGGUCCUCAAGGCUAAAAAUGGAGAAGAAAUGAGGACACACAAUUUUUAGAAGAUCCUGAGAUAAUUUCCCCCGAGGACACGCAUACAAUUAGACAAAAAAGGCCCUGGUAUUUCUUUAAACAAAAUUAUGAUUUUGAAAAUGCAGUUUAUUUUUUUCUUAAUUUUAUUCCCCCAAAAUGAUUGAAAAUGAGAUGAGUGUAUCCGGGGGAGGGGAACGUUUUUUUAAACAAUGUUUCUACUGAGGGCUGGAAAAGUUACCAAUGGCUGCACUUCCUGCCCCUGUUUUUUGUUCUUGAGUGUCCAAAAUGCCAGUGUCUGCUAAUCAAUCUGUGGUCAAUGUGGUAUCCCCGUGGGAAUUGGGUUGCAUUUCUCUGGUGGCUGUUGGUUCGAUAUUUCUUUUGUUGUACAUUCCUGUUUCUGAUGGCUGAAUUGGUCCACCUGGUCUUGUAAAAAAAAGAAGAAGAAAAGCUUGGUUUGGUCUACAGCUGUAAUCGUACCAACGUAGCACUGACGCAUUCGUUAUUUGUAGCCAUUGAAACCAACUAUUUGAAAGCUAGCUGUCGAAAGUCAAUGAAUUGUGGAUUCAUGAGCAAUUUCAAGAAACUAGGUGUUUUUGUAAAGAAAAAUAUGGAAUUAAAAAAAUUGUAAAAAA